GCGUUGUCUGCGUCGAUGGUGAGUCAUGUGCGAGAAACGUGGUAUGUGCACGCGUAAACGACAAGUGCCUCUUCUGGUAGUGACUACUUUGUUAGUUGGCGUGCGUCCAGAACUAGUCGAUCCGAAAUUCAAGGAGCCGAUUGCCAAUGUAACCGCAUCAGUUGGACGAGAAGCAAUUUUGUCUUGCCUGGUUCAAGAUUUAGCUGGGUAUAAAGUUGCUUGGCUACAGGUGGACACUCAAACGAUACUGACGAUAGCAAGUCACGUAAUCACGAAGAACCAUCGAAUAGCCGUUUCCCACAGCGAUCAUCAUACAUGGUUUCUUCACAUACGAGAAGUAAGAGAAGCUGACAGGGGAGGGUACAUGUGUCAGAUUAACACGGAUCCAAUGAAAAGUCAAACUGGCUACCUCGACGUUGUUGUUCCACCGGACAUCUUGGAUUCUGAUACAAGCACUGAUAUGAUGGUACGAGAAGGUAGCAACGUAACUCUACACUGUACAGCGACAGGAUCACCAGAACCUAACAUCACCUGGCGACGAGAAGAUGGUCAAUUGAUACGUUUGUCAAAUGGCAAGCAAGUGUCGAACGUUGAUGGACCAAAUUUUGUUAUUACCAAAGUAAAUCGAACACACAUGGGAUCGUAUCUUUGCAUCGCGUCCAAUGGGGUCCCACCUUCAGUUAGCAAAAGGAUUAUGCUUAUUGUUCAGUUUCCUCCAAUGAUUUGGGUGCAAAAUCAAUUGGUAGGUGCUAGAGAGGGUCAGCGGUUGACUUUGGAGUGCCACUCGGAAGCUUAUCCCAAAUCCAUCAAUUAUUGGACAAGGGAUAAGGACGAAAUAGUUCCAAAAGUUCCAGGAGGAAAGUACGAACCAAUACAGUUGGAGAAUGCUUACAACGUUCACAUGAAACUGACAAUAAGCUCUGUUGGUCCGUCUGACUUUGGAACUUACAAGUGCAUAUCCAGAAAUUCAUUAGGAGACACUGAUGGCACCAUUAAAGUUUAUCCAAUUGCAUCAAAUACCAGUAACGGUAAUACACAAUACAAAGGAAAAUUUAGACACAAUUCGGGGAAUGAUAUUUUCGAAGGAAAUCAGGACAUGCUAAAGGAACGAGAUCUGAAGCUACGAGGUCGUAAAGAAACCACCGGAAAUGAAGGCGACGAUUACGAUGAUUCUGGAGUGGCGUCGGAAGAGAACUCUUUCAGCUUGAUUUUCGCUUUGGUUACACUUAUCAUUUAUUACCAUCAUCAUCCUCAGUUAAGAACACUCCACCCUGCUUGAAAAUUUCACCGUUCACACGCCAACUCAUCGUCGAAUUCCUCUAUUGGUCGCGGCUUGUGGAAAAUCUGUAAAUUCACUUGGAAAUCCAUCGCUCAGGGACUCCGCUCGAGGAUAAAUCAUCGAGAAUCGUGCUGACCACUUACACUGUAUUAUAAAGCAUUGUCAUAUGUAACGAUAUUAGCUGUUAAUUUAGUCGACUAAGUGUAACACAUUCUUCGUUAUGGAAAGAACACGCAGCGAGCAAUAAGUGAUUAUCUUGAGAUGAAGCUAUUGCUGGAAUUGAAUUAACUGUAGAUCGAUGGGUACACGGUACAAUCGUAAAAUUGAUUCUUGUACAAAAGUGUAUUAGACAUCUACAAAAUCUCUUCGAGGAAAUCUAUUUUUAAGGAAAUCGAAUAUUUGAAUCGUACUGUAGAUUACUACCAUUUUGUUUUGUUGUCCUUUGCUCGAACCAUUUUACUUUGCUUGUAUUACCAGCUUGUUUUGCUCAUGGUACCACUGUUUUCUUUCUGUUUAACGAUCUUACUUGUUUAUUUCAGAUAUAGAUGUGUUUCAAACAUGAAUAAAAUAUCCGUAAAGCGUAUAAAAAGCUGUUUGAAGCAAAGAGAAGGAUUUCAGUAUAUUUUUAUUUGAAUGAAUUGAUUAAUGUUCGGAUCUUGUGUUGCAUCCUUAUAAAUUUUUAAAUUACUUAUGU